AUGAACAACAACGCGGAGAAGCUGCAAACUUUGCCCAAUAUUGAUGCUAUCGGUCCUGAUUUUUAUGACAUUGUUGAACAAGAAAUUUAUUACGACUUAGCACGGAUGAAAAAGAACGUUGCAAUAGUAACAAACUUAAGACUUGCAGCUGCAGAAAUAGAAGUAGAGACUGCAGCUCUCUACCAUGCUGAAUUGUGGUACGACAUUGAAAAUCUUAAGGCCGUUACUAAUGAAAAUAUUAAAUCCACAUAA